CCUGUCCCUUCUCCUUCUGACGGGAGCGGGCAAGCAGGUGCCAGCCCGAAACGCGCCCACUCCCUCCUUACCCCAUGCUGGAGGGUCUGCUGAGGUACUGGGAAUUUCGGAAGGAAACACAUUAUACGCCAUUCUAUGUCACACCGGCACGGGGGACCACGACUCCCCUCACGGGCGCUCGCCCCCCGCUCCGGGUUGGGCAGAGGGACCGCCCUGGGCGGCGCUUCCCGCGGCGGCCUGGCGGUGGCGCUGCGAGCCCGGCGUUGCGGGCGAACGUUGCGGGCAGAGUGCGGCGCCCCCGCCGGCUCCGGGCAGCCCGCGGCGGCGGGGAGAGCGGGGCCAGCGCCUCCUGCCUUUCCUCGCCGCUCCCGGAGACGCCGGGGGACGCUAGCCCGCCGCCCUCUCCCUUCGACCGGGAAAGGCGUCUGUGCCCCUUCUUCCUCCCCGCCGUCGGUCGCGCCAUCCCAAGGGCGCCGGGGUCAGCUCCACGUGCCGUGCACCCCUCGGUGCGGUGCCUCUCCCUUGCCGGCGAAAACGGGGACGGGCGAGCCGGCAGGAGAGCCUGCGGAGCGGGGCAGCCCCCUGCCUUUGCCCCCGGGCAGGGGGGCGGCCAGCGGGGAAAGUUGGGAAAGCCUCGGGGAGAGUGCGGCGGAGGAGCGGGGAGAAGCCGCGCCGCGAAGAGCCGGAGGAAAUCUGCUCGGCGGCGUGUCGGGGGACCUCUUUAAAAGGAAAGCAGAAGCCGCCGUGUGCAGCCGCUGCCGGCAGAGCUACGGGAAAGGAGGGCACUGCCCGCUGUUAUCCCUGCCUGGGCUUGGGCGAGGGAUCCCGAGCUCGGUUUUCCCUCAACGUGAUCGUGUAGCAAAGCAGCCACACAUAGUAAACAGAUUCAUCAUGCAUCAGAGCGCAGGAAGGUGAGACAGGAGCAGAAACAGAAACUAAUCCUGAAAGGAAGACGGGGAGAAAAAAACACCGCGACUGCGAAUUACUUCCAGAGAAAGUGGGUGGAUGUUGUGCAGCGGCGACUUGGGAUCUUAGGGGAUGCACCCUCACAUUUUGCUUUUCUUUAGCCCGAGCCUUCCAUCUCUGGCGGCAGAAAGCGGCUGUAGGAGAACAGGAGGAGAAAUAAACACGAGGUGUGCUUUCGCGCUGGAGAUGCCCUACUGAUCUGCUUUAAGGAUUUCUGUUUGGAUUUG